CAUGCCCCUCCUUAUCCAGACUUCAUUUCCCACAAUGCCACCGCGCUCGUCCUUGUCAGACCUCACUGUGGUCAAAGCUAACGUUUACUGCCUCGGGUCGUUGACAGGAGUAGUAACGGCAGAUAUACAACAGCAUGGACGGUGGCAGUCACUUAAAGUCACCGCAGAGAGCAUGAAUUAAAGAAAUGAGUGGAAGGCAGUGCCAUCUUUGUUUAAAUCAAGACUGAAGAUUAACGUUACUGUUAGCAUUUCCUCAACGCUGUCGACGAGAGUAACAUUAAUGUUAACGUAGCGGCGAGCUAACAGCUAGCUAAUGUUACAGAACCUGCUGUUUGGUAACUUAGAAACAGUUUCAGAAGAGCCUGCUACCGAGUGGAAACAACGCAGCAAGUGAGCGAUUUCACAGCUCUAGAAAGCUUCGUGCUGGUGUCACAUUUGUGAGCUCUCAGCGCCUGCUGUUGCUGCCUCCCCCUGGUGGUUGAAUUCAUGAGCACGCUCAGUGACAGCUGUGCGUAGUCCUCGGGAAUGGGGAGUGGAGUCCAGGAACAACGGGCAUCACUCACGCAAGGCGAAGUGCUGCCACGGGCUUCUUCCAGUCAGUCAGAAGGCCUGAAGCACACUCGGUCUGUCAUCAACUCACUCUUCUCGGGGGCUUUAGCAGGAGCUGUGGCCAAGACAGCUGUCGCCCCACUGGACAGGACUAAAAUCAUCUUCCAAGUGUCUUCAGCAAGAUUCUCUGCCAAGGAGGCCUACAGGUUGAUCUACCGCACCUACCUGAAGGAUGGCUUCUUCAGUCUGUGGAGGGGGAACUCGGCCACCAUGGUGCGAGUCAUCCCAUACGCUGCCAUCCAGUUCUGUGCACACGAACAGUACAAGGGGCUGCUGGGAGGCUACUAUGGCUUUCAGGGGAAAGCCCUACCUCCUUUUCCAAGGUUUCUUGCGGGGGCUAUGGCAGGUACCACGGCAGCCAUGCUGACGUAUCCUCUGGACAUGGUGCGAGCAAGGAUGGCUGUAACGCCAAAGGAAAUGUACAGUAACAUUCUACACGUGUUUGUACGGAUAUCCAGAGAAGAGGGCCUGAAGACGCUGUAUCGAGGCUUUACUCCCACCAUUCUGGGUGUUGUCCCCUAUGCUGGUCUUAGCUUCUUUACCUAUGAGACACUGAAGAAAUCACAUGCAGAGCACAGUGGGCGCUCACAGCCCUACUCAUAUGAACGUCUGGCUUUUGGAGCCUGUGCAGGUCUUAUCGGCCAGUCGGCAUCUUACCCUCUGGACGUGGUACGACGGCGCAUGCAGACUGCAGGAGUCACGGGUCACACGUACGGCACCAUCCUGGGCACCAUGAGGGAGAUUGUGUCGGAGGAGGGGGUUAUCCGUGGACUCUACAAAGGUCUCAGUAUGAACUGGGUUAAAGGGCCCAUUGCAGUGGGGAUCAGCUUCACCACCUUUGACCUUACUCAUAUCCUCCUGAGGAAGCUGCAUCAGAUGGGUUAUACGACUCGAUAAUAGCGAUACAGAGAGAAGAAAACAGGUAUAGUGGGAUGACAGAAUCCCCAUACACCCUCUGAAGAGAAACAAAGGAAAUGAACGAGUGAAGAGUGUGUAUUGCUGGAUAAAAUUAAAUGCACACUGGCUCAGGAAGCGUGGGUAAAGUUAACGUACUCCCUCGCUUUAUCUGUUUGCAACAGGGAGGUAGUCCCGCAGGCAUGAGGUAUGUUGGAUGGUACCAAGUACCUGUACACACUGUCCUGUACAUCUAAGUGCAAUAUUCUUAGUGACUUUAUGUGUGUAUGUGUGUACACAUAUAUUAUAAUGCUCCUGCCCUCGUGGACCAGGCUGGUGAGUACAUUUGUCAGUCAGAGAGUUUAGAGGUUCACACACACACACACACACACACACACACACACACACACACACACACACACACACACACACACACACACACACACACACACUGAGGUCUCCCAACUUCCUUGUGUUUUCGCGUAAAACUGACACCUUCCAAUGCAGUGCAGGUUGCCACUCAUUUACUGUUGACUUUUAAGAUGCAUUUGAUUUAAUGAGAGUGAAAUAUGCCCCCCCGAGAUUUGUUUUGUUUUGAGUGAGUUUGUUUUAAGGAAUUAUACCAAAGGAGCAGAUUAUAUGACGUUAGUGGUAUUUAGCAUAAUAAAGCACAAAAGUUCACAGAGUAUGACUUUAGAGCAAAAAUCUUGCCCAGCACAGAGGUAACAGCAUGGUUACUGCCGUCAAAUGGUCAGUUUUUGUUUGAGUUGACUAUGUAUUGAUAUCACUAUUGAGUCCAGUAUGUUUUAGUGGAGCUCUAAAUGAAGAUUAAAUUCACAGACUUUUAUUUGUAGUUUAGCUACUGUGCUGACAGCAGACAGAUGAGCUAUGUUUUGUGCCAGUGCCAACAGAUAUGAAGUAUAAAGAGUGCCCAUAUUAUUUGGUUUGUUUUCACUGUACUCAUAUAAUGGGCUUUUAGAUAGUUUUGUUGUCAGAAGGAUUAAUACACAAAGAUGAGUUAAGAAUAGAAUCUGAAAAUGACAGUUCAAGUUUUACCUCCUAUUAACAUCUAGUCCCGUGUAAUGCACAUCAAGCAAUUUGAUACUGAUACACUGAUUCAACAGUUUAAUAGGAACACCUGUACAGUCUUAUGUAAUCCAAUACAGCAACCCUGCUGUGAAUACUACCUUUAUGAAGUUUACAAUGUUCUGUUGUUGUUGACACUGUGCGUUGCUUUAACUCUAUUAGUGAUAAUGUUUUGGAUUACAGUAUAUUGAGAGGUGUUUCUAAUAUUCUGUCCACCUCCGGUAUGUCACUGUAACUGGACACACACAUACAGCACGUAUACAAUAGGUUGUCUUCCAUUUGCCGUCAGUAUUGCAGCUGCGACAUGUUUUGUUAGAGACUAAUGAUUUCGACAGGUCAUAGAAAUAACUUCGUAACUACAGUUGGGUGGAUUUUUGGUUGCUUAAAACUUGUAGCAGUAUUUGCUUGACUGGAAAUAUGCACAGACCUAAUGAAGAGAACAUUUGAGUUCUCUGUUAAAGGCAUCAUUUUGUACAUUGUAGUGUUCUCAGUAUUGUACUUGAGUAUUGUACCUCAGCACAUAAUCUAAUGUUCAUGAAAUUCUCAAAUAUCAAUAUCAAUCAAAGUGGUGUAAAAAAAAAAAAUGGGACAUUGUGCUCAGUUUUGAUUUGAUUUGACCGCAUGUGAGACAGUUUCAACAGUACUGAUGCUGGCUUAAAAGUCAUUGAAGAGUGUCAAUAGUUUCUAUACUUAGACCACACGUACUGAGGCAGGGUGCCUGAGCCGGGGGAGCAGCUGGGUGCAGAGCCAAGUGGAACAGAAGGCAGGAAAGUGUCACCAUUACCAGAAUAAAGUAGGAAGUUUUCUCAAUGAAACGGGGCUGAGGAUCCCAACGGAAACUCAACGGUUAAUUGAAAAGAAAAAACACAAAUACCCAGAGCAUUGUUUUGUAUUAAAAAAUACUAUUGGAGCUUCACUAAUCAUUUUAAUCAUUGAUUAAUCGGAAUCAUAAGACACAAUGGUUAGAAUAAUGUCUUAACAUUGCUCGUGUGUUUCGACCAGCAGACAAAUAACCCAAAAUAUUUAAUGUAUAAAACUUUUUGCAUUAGAGAAUCAUCAAAUAUAUUGUGCAUAGACAUUUCUUCAAUUUAUUGAGUGGAUAUUUUCUGAUUACUUUCUUAUCAUAUAAAAUGUAUUGAUGCUAAUGCUGAUAUGACAUGUUGGUGUUUGCACCAAUACCACAGCAUCACUUUGCUUUUGAUAACCUUAUUCUAAGGACUAUAAACAUUGUAUCUACACUCUACACCAAAAGUCAAACAAAGUGAAAUGUCUAAAUAAUAAUAAUAAUACAUUUAAUUUAUAGAGAGCUUUUCAAGAAACUCAAAGACACUUCACAUGAGUUAAAAAGGAAAAGAAAAAGCUAAAAAUGCUAAAUGCUAAAAAUGUCUAAAUGCAAGAAAUAUACAAAAUCUUCGCCUGAAUAAAAUAGUCUAAAAUUAACUAAACUCUAUGAUCAGAGAAUAGGAAAGUAAUACUCACAGCUCGGGAUACAUUUACAUCACUACCAAAGAAGUAUUGAGACUCAAUACCAGUAUCCCUAUCACUAUCCAGUAGACUACUGAACUUUACCCCCAUUCAUCAAACUCAACUCUCCUGCUUCUACCUGACCAUCCUCAUUUUAUCCACCUCUUAUCUGUUUGUCCAUGGAUGUUGUGAUCGUUUUAUUCAUUGUUCAGGCACCUAAAUAUAGUCGUAUAAAAGCAUUGGGAAAUCACAAUGCUACUCGGUUUAACAGCAGGUACAAGUUUAGUCUUUUAAUGUCAGUGUUAUACCUUUACCUACUUGCCUUUAGGUCGCAGGAGGUAAACUGUGUAGCUGAGUUCAGAUCAGAUCAGUGACAGCUUGAAACCUGCACAUGUUCCGAACUGAAGCGUGCUAAGUAGAAUAAAGUAUACAGUAACUGAAAGCUGAAUAGAGGGUAGUUACUGACUCUUAAGUGCCUAGCAAGGAAUAGUAACAUUUUUACUAUGACUGAGCUACUUCUACUAACCUUUUUGAAGGUUGCUUCCAUUUUCUAGCCUUGCUUCGAUCUUGAAGUUUCAAAUAUUUAAGGGGUAGCAGAUUUGAAGGUGGUUUGAAGUUUGGGGAUUGUUACACCUCUGUGACUGAAUGUAUUACUUCAGGUCCAGCUUUUGUAUAGGAAUUUUGUAAAACUUAUAAACUGCCUUGUAGGGUAUUUGCUGUCUAGGGUGACAUACGUGAUCCUUUACUCCCUAACAGACUCGACCAAACCAUUCCAACCAGUUGAGGACUAAUUGGAGGAAGGUAUGAAGAUGUUAAAAGAACACUUAAUGGCUAUUUGUAUCCUUAUUUCAAUUAGAAGAAUGUAAAGAGUAAUGUAAUGUCAUUAUCCCCCUAUUGAUCUAGCUAUAGAUCAAAUCAGAUGGGUGAAGAUAUGAUGAAAUACAAUAUAAUGGUGGAGAGUUGACAGCAAACUUGGAAAAACCCAGACAAUCAUGAAAUGCCAAACAAUAUGUUUUUGUUUUAAAAGAAAAGUAAUUAUUUAGUUGAGAACCUGACAGUGGCUUAAUGAGGAGGGUUGCUGAAACAAUACAAUACAAACAAACUGGUAAAAGAUGUGGAUUUUAUUUGCUCUUGCAAAAGCAAAUUGAAUAGUUUUAACCCUAUGUGUGGGUAUAGAUGUGCAGACAGACGAUGCUACUGUGUGUGCAUGUUACAACAGAUCAUCUUGUGUUGUGUUGUGUUGUGUUUCAGUGCAGCAGUUGUACGACGACUGUUUUGUUAAUCUUAGUUGUGCCAACUGAAUGUAAACGUACCUACUAAUACCACACCUUGUGUCCUGUCCCUAGUGAUGAUGGUGUAUCUCUAGGAAAGUUGUGAAAUAUCGAAUUCUCAAUAAACUGGAUGUUGACAACAGA